CCGCAGGGCUGCGGGCGGCCGUGACCCUGGUGGAGUCCGGGGGUGACCUCAAGGCCCCGGGGGAGUCCCUGCGGCUCCUCUGCCGCGCCUCCGGCUUCACCUUCGCGGACUACACCAUGUACUGGGUGCGCCAGAGCCCCGGGAAGGGGCUGGAAUGGGUCGCCAGUAUCAGCAACACUGGUGGCAGCACCUGGUACGCGCCGUCGGUGCAGGGCCGGUUCACCAUCGCCAGGGACAACGGGCAGAGCUCGGUGACGCUGCAGAUGAACAACCUCAGGGAGGAGGAUUCCAACACCUAUUUCUGCGCCAAACGUUACAAUGCUGCUGGUGCUGGUGAUGCUAAUGGUAUCGACGCCCUUGGCGGGGUCCCCACCUGUCCCCAAACCCCAGACCCUCCCCCCAAACCUCCACCCUUCACACCCAGCUCUCGGUCGUUGGUCCCGACCUUCGACUGGUUUUGCCCCAAUUCUCAAUCUUUGGCCCCAAACCCCAACUCUUUGACCCAAACCUCAACCGUUUACCCCAACACUCAACUGUUGAUCCCAAAUCUCAACCUCUGA